AACUUCCUCAGAGAAGCACACACACUCUCUCUCUUUACCAGAAUGGCUCCCACCUACACAAGUGACUCUGCCAACACCAUGCUCUCUGCUGAAGACAAGCAUAAACUAAGGAAACCAGUUGGGGAGAAGAUGUGUAGAGACCGCAUCAACACCUGCAUAGAGCAGCUCAAGACCCUGCUGGAGAGGGAGUUCCACAAACAGGACCCCAACACCAAGCUGGAGAAGGCUGACAUCCUGGAGAUGACGGUCGGGUUCCUGACGCAGAAGCUGCAGCCUCAGAGCCCAGUCCCCCAGAGGGCCCACAGUGAGGGCUACUCCAAGUGCUGGAGGGAGACCCUGCACUUCCUGUCUUCCAGCUCCAUGAAGGACAUGAUGCUUCAGAACCUCCAGAGAGCUGGCCAGGACGUCUGCCCCUCCUCGCCACUCUCCUCCCAACAUCAACACCACAGCCAGGGCCCAGUGAAGCAGGCCACCAGUGGUCACAAAACAGUGUGGAGACCCUGGUAGAACCACUACUUGGAGACUCUUUAUCUCACAAACUGGAUGGGUGUUUACCACCUUUCUUGCUGUAGGAAAUACAUUUCCAAACGUUAUAUUGAAAUGAUAUUAUUUUCUUGUUGUAUAUGAAAUGAUUUCUACUGAUGUGAUUAUUAUUCUCUCUCAGAGAAGAAGCUGAAAAACAUGUAUCACAUGUAUAACUUUAUAAUGAAGAAUAUGUUUAAUAUUUUAUGUGUAUGUUUACACGUGUAUGCAUUUUGUGCUCACUUGAUGCACCAAUGUGUCCUUUAGUCCUUUCAUUUUCUUUGAAGAGGAUUGUUAAGGUUAUAUAUUUACAUUUAUGGUUGCUUAGCCAACUGAAAUCUUGCGUUAACCAUAUUGUAUGUACUGACCUAUUGAAGGGUAUUUACAAAUGCUUUGAUAUGCCUUUUGUAAAGGCUUUUUGGGACAUUGUGGUUCCACCAUAGGCAAUGUUGUGCUGUGAAAUGUAUUGUUGACACUGUGUGUCUUUUAUUCUCACUUGAUAAAGUGAACAUGCAUCCAAAAAGUAUUCCAAUUAAUGUUUUGGAAAGUAA